UGGUCCAGCUGUCUCUGGUGUAAUUAUGUCUUGCUGUUCCUAAACUUGUUCUUUCUUUCUGUGCAGUCCUAUCUUUGGACUGCUAUUCAUUUGUUCAAUAAAAAAAACAUAAAAUAAUGUGUAUAUGUUAUGGGUCAUGAAUCACUGAAUGCCCAAGAUCUACUAGAUGAGCGUGAAAAAUGACGAAGAGAUCUUUUCCUACUACCUAAUGGGGUGCAUCUUGCCAUUGUAUCACCUCUGGUCAAAUCAAACCAGAAGAGGACAAAACGUCGGUUUAUGAGGGUCAUAAAUCUGUUAAAAAAACUUGAUUAGUGAGAUACGGAUAAAUGCUAUAGAAAUUAUUCUAAGAAAGCUGAUUGAUUGAGAUCGCCAAUGGAGUUAAAAUCUGUAAAAGGUAAAAUUUAUUUUUGGGAAGUAGCUAUGUUUGAACAUGACAGGGCAUAGAAGCUGUGGCAAUAAAGAGCAGACGAAGCGCGAAUUGCUGGUAGAUCCUCAAACAUUCAUCUGUCCGUGGGUUUGGCUAUGGCCUCAGCUCUCCUAAGAGACGGGCGACGCUUAUGCCGACAUUAUAAGGCAUUGGCGCUCACAUUCCAAAACCAUAAGAACAUUGCAGCAAUUUCAGCGCCUAAGGGGGUUUUGUUUGGGCGUCCAUUUUGCUCUGUACCGAGAGAAAGAGCAGAGCUUUCGGAGUGGAAAAAAUAUGCAGGUUAUGUGGUGCUGCUGGUGGGGUGUGGAGCCGCCACAUACUAUACAUUCCCAUAUCCAGAAAAAGGAGGGGGGCGAGGGCGAGGGGAAGAGGGCGAGCAGCAGAGCGUGGCUGUGAGUAACUGGAGCGGAACCCACGAAGUGGAAGUGCAGAGCGAGAAUUAUCUGCAGCCGGAGAGCUUGGAAGAGCUGGAGAGGAUGGUGAGGAAAGCCGAUCGGCAAAGAAAGAAGAUGAGGCCUGUGGGGUCGGGGCUGUCGCCCAACGGCAUAGGGUUGAAUGCACAUGGGAUGAUGAAUUUGGCCCUCAUGGAUAAGGUACUGCAUGUUGACACUAAUAACAACACAGUGCGCCUGCAGCCCGGUGUCACAGUCUCCAACCUUGUCGAUCACCUACGCCCCUACGGCCUCACCUUGCAGAACUUUGCUUCCAUAAGGGAGCAGCAGAUUGGCGGUUUCACUCAGGUUGGAGCUCAUGGAACUGGAGCAAGGUUACCACCCGUUGAUGAGCAGGUAGUCAGUAUAAAACUAGUUACCCCGGCUAAAGGAACAAUAUAUCUUUCUGCAGAAAAGGAUCCUGAGCUGUUUUAUCUGGCUCGUUGUGGGUUAGGUGGGCUUGGGAUUGUAGCUGAAAUCACUCUUCAGUGUGUCCCGAGACAUCAGCUUGUGGAGCAUACAUUUGUGUCAAAUAUCAAAGAAGUACGAAAAAAGCACAAGAAAUGGCUAGCAGAGAAUAAGCAUCUAAGAUACAUGUGGAUUCCUUACGCAGACACCAUAGUUGUUGUGCAGUGUAAUCCUCUUCCUGAUGGAAAAGAUCCUCCUAGGUUUUCUGCAAAAUAUGGAAAGGAUGAGGCUCUUAAGCAUCUCCGUGACUUAUACAAAGAACUUGAAAGCAAACACAGGAUUGAAGAAACAAGCACUGUGGAAAACCAUGAUAAUAAAUCAGGUGUCCAAGUCUCAUAUAGCACAGAGAUCAACAUUAAUGAACUUUCUUUUACAGAACUUCGAGACAAGCUUCUUUCAUUGAAUCCCUUGAACAAAGAUCAUGUCACAAAAGUAAACGUAGCGGAGGCUGAAUAUUGGAAGAAGUCUGAAGGAUAUAGAGUUGGGUGGAGUGAUGAAAUCUUGGGUUUUGACUGUGGUGGACAACAAUGGGUUUCUGAGGUUUGCUUUCCUGUUGGCACAUUGAUAAGUCCAAAUUUUAAAGACAUCAAUUAUGUGGAAGAGGCUAUUAAGUUGAUAAAAAAUGAGAAGAUACCAGCACCUGCUCCCAUUGAGCAGCGAUGGACAGCUUGCAGCAGAAGUUUAAUGAGCCCAGCUUCAUCCUCAGUUCCAGAUGCUUUGUUUUCUUGGGUUGGAAUAAUCAUGUACAUGCCGACCAUGGAUUCCAACCAGCGGAAAGCAAUAACAAGCGAAUUCUUUAAGUAUAGACACGCUACACAGAAACAGUUAUGGGAUAAAUAUUCUGCUUAUGAACAUUGGGCAAAAAUAGAAAUUCCAGAUAAUGAUGAAGAACUUUCUUGGCUGCGUGAACGAAUUAAAAAAAGGUUUCCAGUGGAUGCGUACAAGAGGGCUCAGACAGAUUUAGAUCCAAAUCACAUUCUUUCAAAUGAUAUUCUUGAGAAGUUAUUUCCCUAACGGUAAAUAAUUCUGAAUUUGGAGCAGCAUAAAUUGAAAGACAAUCUCUAAGGGUAAACCAACUGGUGCAGAGUUAUUUUGGUGUUAGAUAUAUGUUUCAGUUUUAUAUUCUUUCGACUGUUUUCGGUAUAUCUGUGGACUCAGCUCCUUUUCUUUGCUGAGGACAUUCCCUAUAACGUUCUAGGAAUGUUUUAUUUUGCAUUGUUGUUUCAUGUUUAUUAUUUUGUAUUUAUAAAGAUCCCUUUCAUGCAAGGUAACAUGCACAAUGUUGGUUUGUGUAGAGUUUUUCUCUGUAAUUACAUACCUUUCAUUUAAAGCAAUUGGGGCCAUUAGUGUAACAUUUCAGGA